AUGUCUUCAGUUUAGCAAUUUUGCGAAGAUCUAUCAAAUAUAGACUUAAAUGAUCCAAAAGCUAAAGAAGUGAUGAUGGAAAGAAUAAAAAAGUAUGAUGAAAAUUUUGCUCAAACCAAUUUUCAUCCAACUCCUUCAUAAUUAUCAUAAAAUUAUAAGAAGGAUACUUCAAAGAUCUAACUACCAUCAAAUGGAUCCGAAAUGGAAAAGCAAUUAAAAACAUAAUUUAUAGCAGAUGGAUCAAUUUUUGGAGAAUACCAAUAAAUUUUAAGAUAAGCACAUGUACCUGCUUUUGUUGUACCACCUCCACCUCCUCCAAAACCAGAAGAAUAAGCUGCAUAAAUCUUCUUACGAUUACCAUACAAUUAUCUUGAUUAAAAUGCUAAUUCAAAGAAUGAGUCUAACAUCCUAUAACAACCCUAAAAUCACUAACUCAGCUAACUCUCAAAUUUAUUCUCUACCAUUCAACACCAAAAUUAAAUCCAAAAUCAAAAUUAGUAGCAACAAAUUCAAAAUCCAUCAGCUAUCCAAGCAAAUAUUUUGAAUAAUCAAUAAUAAAUGGAUUUAUAAAUGCAAAUGAAUCAAACACCUAAUGGUUUAGAUAGUGAUUUUAUAACCAAUAUCAAAAAAACAGUUAAUGUAUUGGGUGGAAUAGAGGACACAGUUUAAAUCAUGAAAUAAUCUUUAUAAGAUUAUGAAUUACAACAUUAGGUUGAGAGAAAGAUAGAAAAACAGCCAAUCUUCAAAAAUUCAACUUUGAUGAAUCCAUUAAAGGGUACCUAAACACCAACUAAUCCAUAAUAAUAUCAUCCGUUUGAAAGAUAUAUGGCAACAGAACAAUUAUCUGUAAUACAACAAUCACAAAGGUUAAGGGAAUAAAAAUUAUAACAGAAUGUCCACUAAUGA